AAGUUCCGACUAUAAAUAGUUAAUGAACCUUUCGCUUUAGGAUCAGUACGAACGUUGAAGUGUCCUCAACAUGAAUCCUUACAUCCGAUCACUGACAGGGCUAGUAGUGGUGAUGCUCAUUGGCAUCUCCCAGCAAGUGCAGGCGCUCACCGGAUUCAUAGGUUCCGAGCAAAGUUACUAUUUUGGAACCAGACUCGAUGCUGCUAAUAAUUGUUUCGAACAGCAACUGCACAAAGGUACCGCACUACCUACCACCGUUUCCUUUAUGAAUACUCCAGAUAUUUCCUUUAUAGCAGUAUCCGCGGAUAAAUAUUCAAAAAUAGGUUUUCAAGCAAAUAUGAAAACUGCUGCUCUUCCACAACCAGCGGUUACCCUGCAAUUAGAUGGACCCGUUAUUUUACCCUAUAACGUACUCAUUCAGAUGUGGUGUUGA